GGCGUCAUUCGCUUCAUUUCUUCUGCUGAAAAAUGUCUUCGAUACCGUCGAUUCAUCCGUUUCUGCCUUGCCAAAUCCUUCAGCAACCCCAUCGGAAUCCGGGACUGAUCGCAAGCAAUGCCUGCCGUAUUGGAUUUUCUGCUCUUUCUGCCAGAAAGUCGAUGAAGUUGAAUCGGGAAUUUACGGUUCAGGCGGCGGAAGAAGGUGCUUGGGAUGGAGGUGUGGUACGACGAGUGACGGUUCAUGAGGUGGAUCCUGAGGACAAUAACUCGACGGAAAUCGAGAGUUUGAAGAAGCAACUGAUUGACUCUUUCUAUGGAACGAACAGGGGAUUGUGUGCCAGUAGUGAAACCAGGGCGGAGAUCGUGGAGUUGAUCUCUCACCUCGAGGCGAAAAAUCCGACUCCGGCUCCGACCGAGGCUCUCAGUCUGCUAAAUGGUAAAUGGAUUCUCGCGUACACAUCCUUGGCAGGUUUCUUCCCCUUGUUCUCAAGGGAGGAAGCUCUGCCAUUGGUAAAGGUGGAGGAGAUAUCGCAGACAAUCGACUCCCAGAAUUUCACUGUCCAGAACUCAGUUGUGUUUGUUGGACCAUUGGCAUCCACAGAGAUUUCAACAAAUGCCAAAUUUGAAGUUCGAAGUCCCAAACGAGUUCAGAUUAAGUUCGAAGAAGGCGUCAUCGGAACACCCCAGCUGACAGACUCCAUAGAAUUGCCGGAAAAUGUGGAGUUUUUGGGACAACAUAUUGAUCUAGCACCUGUCAAAGGUCUGCUGAGUUCAGUAGGCGGCACGGCGUCUUCUGUGGCCAAGACCAUUUCUAGCCAAUCCCCAUUCAAGUUCUCCAUGUCCAACCUCAACAACGAGUCAUGGCUUCUUACAACAUAUCUAGAUGAUGAUCUUAGGAUUUCCAGAGAUGAUCGUGGCAGCAUAUAUGUGCUCAUCAAGAAAGCCAGCCCCCUUCUGAUUCCCUAGACAAUUCUUGCAAGAAUCCAGUCUUCACAGCAACCAUUUACACUUGAAAUUAGUGGAGAAUGGAUUUCACAGUAUGUUGGAACUUGGAAUUCCAUGAAAUUUCGAAUAUCUUGGAUUGGAGUGAUGCAGAAAGUAUAAUGUAGAAACAACAAAUUAUGUCACUUUCAUAAUUUUCUGCUUCUCCUGUGCUUUAAGGAGAGAAAUAAGAAAUACAUUUUCUACUGGCCCACACCUAAUUAAAUGGGCUCAAAUUUAUUCAUUCCCCC